AUGCGCUUCUCCGUCGCCACGUUGGCGGCCUUGGCCCUUGUGGACCACGCCACAGCCGAUCUGCACUCUCUUGCGGUAGCAGCAGGAAAGAAAUAUUUUGGAACGGCCACGGACAACAACGAGCUUGCAGACUCGUCAUACACUGCCAUCACCAAGGUUGUGGGGAACUUCGGCCAGAUCACGCCUGGGAACGGGCAGAAAUGGGACUCCACCGAGCCUACGCAGGGCAAGUUCCAGUACGCGUAUGCCGACGUGGUGCCCAACUUCGCCAAAGCAAAUGGACAGAUCCUCCGGUGUCACACGCUGCUGUACCGGUCUCAGAUUCCUUCCUGGUUGACCGGCGGAUCGUGGACCAAGGAUUUGUUGACGGCUGUUAUCAAGACGCAUAUCGAAAACCUGAUUGGCCACUACAAGGGUCAGUGUUACUCAUGGGACGUAGUCAACGAAGCCAUCGACGACUCAGGCAACUACCGCGACACGGUGUUUUACACCGUUCUCGGCCUCGAUUAUCUGACGCUCGCUUUCAACACGGCACACGCUAGCGACCCUGCAGCCAAGCUGUACUACAACGACUACAACAUCGAGAACCCCAACGCGAAGCAGAAGAAGACGGUCGAGCUGGUCAAAUACGUCCAGGACGCCGGUGCGCCGAUCCACGGAGUUGGUCUGCAGGGGCACUUCCUCGUUGGCAGCAUGCCCAGCCAGGAGGACCUCGAGUCCGCCGCCAACUCUUUCACCGCGCUAGGGGUUGAUGUUGCCUACACUGAGUUGGAUGUCAAGUUCACCAGCUUGCCCUACACCGGUGCCGGUCUUCAGUCUCAGGCCGAAGCCUAUGUUUCUGUGAUCAAAGCUUGUCUCAAUGUCGAGCGCUGCGUGGGCUGGACCGUCUGGGACUGGACGGAUAAGUAUAGCUGGGUGCCAAACACGUUCCCUGGCCAGGGCGGCGCAUGCCUCUACGACAACAACCUCAAGCCCAAGCCGGCUUAUACUGCUGUUCGUUCUGCUCUUGCUGCUGCUGCCAAGAAGGCGUAG